CAGAGAUUCUGGGUUCGAUCCCCAGUGUAGUCGUACAUUUUGUUUUUCUAUAUCUGUUUCUUUUGUUUUUGUAAAACGUCAAGCAGCAGCAGCUCCUCAAUUUCAUCUUGUUCCGGCGACGAUGUCUAUUUACAAAAUCGCCAGAGCUUUACCCUUCUCGGGGCUCUUAAGGCAGCUUGAGAAAGAAGCUGAAACAGUGAUCAAUGUUCUGCAACCUAGCCCACUGGGAAUCAUAGAACACAAGUUCACGGCUCAAGAGAUUCGCGAGGCUAAAGCUACAGUGUCUACAGCAGUCGAGAACUGGCGAAGACACUCUAAGCUUGACCAUGCUAAUGGCGUCUUAAAUGAUUUCAUCUCUAAGUGAAGAAAGUGAGUGAGUGUCUGUUUCCUUGGCUGUUGAUUAAAAGCCCCUUUCAUUUUGUCAAACAAUCCUUAAAGAUUAAUGAAAAAAUGCAAAUCUUAUUAAUAAA